AUGAUUAUCAGUGGAAUACGCACGUUUUCUUCUUCCUUCGUUCGAUCCCAAAGUCGUGCCAGAUUCGUAGUGGUAAGUGCCAAAACUAUUGUAAAAAUGCUAAAAUUUUUAAAAAAAACUAAAUUUCAAGGUUAUUGUAGUAAAAGUGUCAAAUUUUGUGCCUUACUACAGAAAAACAAACGAUUUAAUAAUUUUCAUAAGGAUUUACUAUAUAUAAUAUCUAAAUUAAUACUUUAGUCCAACCCACGAAAACCAUCUUUAUUUGAAUUGAUCAGACCCACAAAUGAACCUACAACAUCUCUGGACGUCCCUUCAGGAGCGAUAAACUUGAGCAUAGACAGUGAGUAAACAAAAUUGUCUUUGUAGCCCUGUUUGUAGCCUUUAGAAACGAGAAUGGACAACCCUGGUCUCUGCCAAUUGUCAGAGAAGUUGAAAAACAAUUGGCAUUGGACGAGAACCUUGAUCAUGACUACUUGGAUCCCCAGGUAGGACUAAAGUCUUUUAUCGAAUACUCAACACAUUUACUGCUUGGCCAACAUCUUGGCAACGCUCUCAGAGAAAACGUAAGUUUUUGGAUUUUGUGACUUAAUUGUAAACUCGGAACGUAUUAAGCGAUUUCUUUUAAAAAACUACAGACUACAACCCUUUUUUAAGCCGUUUACUAUUAAAAACACAUACUAAAAGUCAUUUUAGGUAGUAGCCGUACAAACAGUCUCAGCUACUGGUGCUCUGAGGUUAGGUCUAGAGUUUGCUGUUAAAGUUCUUGGCCUAAACGAAGCCCACCUGGCCAAUCCUUCAUGGUCCGACUACGGUGUCAUUUUACAAAACUCUGGAAUCAGCAAGAUCAAGGAUUACCCUUAUUGGGACUAUGAAAACAAACGUCUCGCCUUCGAUGGCAUGAUCAAGACUCUGAGAUACGCUGAACCGGGGUAAGAGGUUAGAAUGUGACAAUGAAGAACCCAUAACAAUGUCACCGUAUUAAAAAUGUUGCUUUCGUACAAAAAUUGAAAAUUACAUAAUUUUAGAUCCAUAGUUCUGUUGCAAUGUGGCCACAAUCCAACAGGAGUAGACCCAGACCCGGCCCAAUGGAGACGAUUAGCUGAAGUGAUAAAAGACCAAGAUCUGGUACCUUUCUUCGAUGUCACAAACAUUGGCCUAAGCAGUGGCGACCCCCAAGAAGACGCCGCUCCAGUCCGAUUGUUUGCCGAGCUAGGAAUCGAGCUGUUUGUCGCUCAAUCUUUCUCCAAGAACUUCGGCCUAUACAGUAAGCGAACUUACAAACCUAAUGUUGUGAGGUGUGUUUAAGCACAUACCAUAGAAAAUUCACCUAUCUAACUGUUAUUUUAACUACUUUCAGGUGAAAGAGUAGGAAAUCUGCUUGUAUUAAGCACCGAACCCUCUAAAACCAGAGAAAUCAAAGAGUAUUUGGUGCAAUUGUCUAAAGGACUUUGGAGCAGUGCACCGUUACAUGGUGCCAGGAUUGUCGGACACAUUCUCAAGACUCAGUACUUAAGAGCACAAUGGCUGAACCAAGUCAGAGUAAGUAAAAGAUAUAGAAUUCAGUAUAAAAAACCAAUAUUAACUAUCGAACCAUCCUAAUUAAGAUGAUGUUCAUGCGCACCCAGAAGUCGCGCAAUGACUUCUACAAGGCCUUAAUGGACCACAAAACCCCCGGCCAUUGGGAUCACAUCAUCCAAUCGACCGGUCUCUACUGCUUACUUGGUCUCUCAGAACCUCAACGCAAUUACAUUCUCCGCAAACACAAUAUAUUCAUCUCCCCCUCAGGGCGGAUCAACGUAUGUGCCAUCACAAACGACAACCUAGGACAAAUUGUACAUGCUGUAGAUGACUCGGUCCGUAAUCAUUAA